GAAGGGCACAAGUACCUACGCAACGUUCUCAAAGGAUGCAUGCCAUACGACACGCACGAUUACCAAUUGGAAGCUAUCGGGCAUGUCCUCGAUGGUCGCGAUGUCCUCUGCAUCACGCCAACAGGAUCAGGCAAGACUGACGCCCUCAUCCGUCUCAUGCACAUCGCGCUAGCCUUCUCCAAGGAUGAGAACCACCCGAAGACCGUCAUUACCAUCCCGAAAGAUCCGGCAAUGGUUGUGGUCUGCCCUACCAAGGCUCUUGAGGAAGACAUGGCUGCUAAGAUGAUCAAAGCUAAGCUAGAAACCCGUAUCAUCAACAGCGACACGUUGGGGGAGGCUCGACGAGAGGGAAGGGACUUACUGAAAGAAGCGCAGACAGGGGUCAGUAUGAUCCUCGUCUCCCCAGAGCAACUGAAAUCGAAGAAGUUCCGCCACCUCCUGGAUAGUCAUCAUAUCACUCAGCGUAUCCUCUUCAUGGCAGUAGACGAGGCUCACCUGCUCAAUUCAUGGGGCCACCACUUUCGAAAGGACUUCCUGCAGAUAGGGUUCUGCCGAAAGCAGCUGCCUGCUCGCGUCCGAGUCUUUGCAGCAACUGCCACACUGCGCCCUGGUCAGCCUACCGAGAACGUCAUUGGGCUUCUGGGAUUCUCCGAAUACCAUGUUAUCCGGCGCUCCAAUCUGCGGAGUGAUGUACAGCUUCUCAUGCGUACGAUGACAUCAGGACUCAAUGGACGUGCCUUCACCGAGCUCAGCUGGCUUGUGCACUCCAGACGGCCAGCAAUUGUCUUUUGCACAACUAUCGCACUCGGUUUCCGUGUUGCAACGUGGCUGCGGCAGCAGGUUGGGCAAGACCAUCAGCGACGAAAGAAGAUACGCAUGUACAACUCACUGAAUUGGUCAAAGUAUAACAAACAAACCAUGAAGAUGCUCUACAAAGAUCCCGACGGAUGUAUUCUUGUCGCAACUAGGGUCCUGGCUCAGGGCAUUGAUCCACCAAGCAUCCGAGACAUUGUUGUUCUGGGCGAGCCCGACGACUGCGAUGACUAUCUUCAAAUGCUCGGUCGCGUGAACCGAGCCGGCGCCUUUUCCGAUUCCCGGGCUGUCUUCUAUAUUACUGGAGGUGCGACACAAAAGGCUUCUGCAGUCAUGGAGGGUGGAGAAGGCGAGCGGCCAGUAAAGCGUUUGCGGAGGGAAGGGGAUGACGGUGGCAAGAUGGCGGUCUCAGUGGCCAAGUUGAUUGUGGCAGGGUGCAAGGUCAACUCAAUUAACGCAAUGUACGGAAACCCUACCGGUGAAAUACCUUGCCAGUGCGAGUCUUGCAUGCUACGACCGGUGAACACCAAGGUAAAGUGCGACUGUAGUGGC